UGUCCCUCUGUUUUGUCAUUGCUACUAGACACCAAGAAAACCUUUCUUUCCUCACUCUCCGAACCGAGCCUCUCACUCUCAGCCUCAAAAGACUGGGAAUACACCCUGUGACCUAGGUUUAAAACGUAACAGAUCCUGUCGCUCACUGAGACAGACCACACUAAAAUUCCUCCCUCAGAUCCUUUACUCCAUGUAUGAACUUUCAUCCCCACUGUCACUUGGCAUAUUUUUCACCCCGUGUCAUGUCAUGGGGCAGCGUCCAAGUGCCCUGCUUACAUCACUCAUUGUUGUUCAGCUGUCAGUGUUGGUCUUUUUAUGCAGCCAUGAUUAACACCUUCUGCCAGUGUAACUCCAUUCCAUCCAACUCCUCGUUAGAGUAAAUAGCUCAGUAGAUUGUAUGAUACGUUGCUGCUAUCCUUUGUUUAUAGCCUCAAUCUGCACACUUUAUAGAGUGACCUCGAUCCUCGAUCCAUCUUUUCACCUACAUUAGCAUCUUUAGACAAGUUCCUCACAGAGUAGUUUCUGCUCAAUAGACUCCAUUGCUCCCAUAAUUUCCCCCCAACUCCUUUCCUGGUCUUGAUGCUCUUGAUGUCAUGUGGUCCACCUUCGUCGUGCAGGACGAGGAGUCCAGGUCCACAGCCGUGUCUGGCAGAGGUACUGAAACGUUAGCAGGAAUGUUAGGUGUGCGAAGUGGAGGAGGCAAGCGGCGGACAAGAGCAUCAUCACCUUCCCUAAGUGACCGACAGGAAGGCAAGGUCAAGCUCGUGUUCCUUGUGGCUACACUGGGCAUCACGCUGGCUGUCCUAGGGGUGGGCACAGAGUUUUGGGUAGAGCUGGCAUCUUCAAAAAUUUUUUACAACAACGAGACAUGCCUGGCUGCACACUACGGCCUGUGGAAGAACUGUAUGAAGAAGCUCUGGGUUGCUGAUGUUGACCCUGAGCGGGAAACCUGUGGGCCUAUCGACCUACCUGGAGAAUCAAACUGCUCCUACUUCAAGAUCUAUACAACUGGAGAAAACACAAUCCUGUUUCACAAAAUGCCAGCAAAGAAUUUGACUGUAAUCUCUGCCAUGUUGGCUAUCUUCAGUCUUUUUCUGAUGGUGAUGGGAGCAGUCUGCAUUAUCAUGGCAUUAAGCAAAGGCGUGCAGUUCUUCCUGAAGCCAGCCUCGGUCUGUUUCAUGUUAUCAGGUCUCCUUGUUUUCCUGUCGCUCAUCAUUUUUCAUCAGUCAGUCCUUUCAUUUUUGGCAAGUGACCACUCCAUACCAUUGCAUCAUGAACUUUCAUGGUCAGUAGCAUGCAUGGGAUGUGCUGCCAUCUUACUAAUAGUUGCAGGGGUUUUAUUCCUUCUUCUUGCACUACCAUACAGCUCUUGGGAAAAGUGUUUGUCUCACAGGAACGACGGCAGCUUGUGACACGGGCACUUUAAUUUUCUGUACUGAUCAAUUCACUUUUCAAGUUGGGUCUCUCUUAAACUGGGUUUCUCUUUUUUUCUUAAAAAGUAAAAUAAGCUCUUUGGGAAACAAACAAAAAAAACAUUGUGUAUUGGUUUGUUCUUGUCAGAUCAUGUAAAUGUAUGAGAUUUAGGGACUUUAUGAAAUGAAUGUAAAUCAUACAGUAUUUACUGCUAUUGAUUACACUGAUUGUGUUAUAGUGUGAAUAUAAUUUUUUUGGAAAUGUACCAAUGAAGUGUAUUAAGAUUAAAGAAGAAUUAUUAUGAUCA